UUGGCCCACGUAAACAUUUACAAUCUUACACAGUGCAACAACCCAAAGUCGAGAAAACUGCGGAGAGAGAGAGUGUCUGUGUGAGUGACUGCGUGUGGAUAAGGCUAUUUCAGAAGCGCACAACGCCUACGCUACAAUGGCUGCUGUAGCUACUGUUGCAGGCAACAUCUUUACUCCGCCAUUAUUAUCCCGUCUUAAGCUCAAACCUCCAAAUACACCUCUUAUUUCUCUCUCCUCUUUUCAAUCUAAUCUCUUUGGCCUUCGCCUCUGCAUUACUUCCUUCAAAUUUCAUUCUUUCCCUCUUUCUCUCUCCUCUUCUCACCGUCUUUCGGUAUCUGCUCGAUUUACUCCCAAUAAUUCCGACGAUGAUACAAUUCUCGGCUUAUCUUCCGUUAGGUCAGAUAAAGUUAGGUUAAUUGACGAGCAGCAAAAUAUGGUUGGAGUUUUAUCGAAAAGUGAAGCUAUUCGAAGAGCUGAGGAUUUAGAGCUUGAUCUGGUGGUGGUUUCACCUGAUGCAGAUCCUCCUGUUGUCAGAAUAAUGAACUAUGACAAAUAUAGAUAUGAACAGCAGAAAAAGAAAAGGGAGCAGCAGAAGAAAAGUGCUGCAAGUCGUAUGGACUUAAAAGAACUCAAGAUGGGGUACAACAUUGAUGUCCAUGAUUAUUCUGUGCGCCUCAGAGCUGCACAGAAGUUCUUAAAAGAUGGUGACAAGGUGAAGGUUAUAGUAAAUUUGAAAGGACGUGGGAAUGCCUUUUUAGAGAAAGCGGUUCAGCUCAUCAGAAAGUUCCAAACCGAGCUUGGUGAGCUUGCAACUGAGGAGCACAAUAAUUUUAAUCGCCGGAAGCGAGAAGAUAUCACUGAGAGAUUUAUAUAUCUGAUUCUGGUACCGAACAAAAAUGUUGUGCAAAAGACCCCGGAAGCUCCAAAGACGGAAGCUCCAAAGACAGAAGUUCCAAAAAAGAAUCCCACUUCAACUCCAGAAGAAGUCUCAGCCGGCGCUUUUAGCUCUUUGAAAUCAAUGUUUAACGAAUCUUAGGAUCGGAGGGGGAUAGGCGGCUGGUAAUCGUCGUUAUGCCAAGUAUGAUAGCAACUACAGCUUUUGUAUAGCAUUAAUGAGAUAGAGUUUGUACCUUGUAUGGCUCACAUGGUUUACUCAAGGUUGUAGAAAUUACCUUCGAGUUGCUGUGGUAGGGUCAGGAGUAUAUUGUUCGUAAAAGUUAUAUGGAAAAAAAAACAAUUUUCUGAA